CGCAAUGUUCUUCCACAAGAACUUCUGGCUCUUGAAGGGCGCGACUUUACUUUUGACGUCCAGCUUCCAAAACCGGAAUAUGGGGCUCGUGGCCCGCCAGAAUUCACGGUCCUUGCUGUCAAUGAGCAAGAACAGCCAAAUUCCUGCUCACCAACUCUUGGUCGCCGGGCAAGAAAUGCUAUGCCCCAUACACCACCUCCUAACAGUCCUCACUUGAUGCCUCUUACUUCUCCAUAUGUUGUUCCAACAAUGCAGAACGCUUCGGUAGAGCAUGGUUCUUCUGUUGCUUCACCAAGUGGGAGUUCUCAGCUUGCAUUUUCUACUCCUCCACGUCGCCCCUAUAGCAGUACGCGCAUCGCUGCUGUAUCCUCGCCCUCAUCUGCUGCAUUGGGAAGCAACAGUUCUGUAGCUUCUUCUCCUGAACUUGGUCGUACUGAGCUUAUUUCCUAUGCGCGCCCUAGAAGUGAGGAAGUGCCCCCAGAAACUGCAACACAGCGACUCCCACAGGAACUUGCUUCGGACACUACAGAAGCUACUGUGCAGAACAAGAACAUUAGUUCGCAGAAAGCGAAACCGAAGAAACCAUCUGCUAAGAAGAAGAAAACUGGAGGUGCAGGUGCUGCGCGUCGUCCUGCAGUUAUUCUUGAAGAAACCGAUGUUCCGAUAUCGUCCCUUCAGAUCCCUGUUGGACAUCCUUUGCCAACCGAAUCGGCGAAUCCUGACUCUGGAAAUCUUAAUGCCCUCGGUGUCAAUUUGCAGACAACAACAAUUCAGCCUUUGUCACAGCAACCUGUGACUAUAAAUCCUGCACCUGUACGUCGCCGUCGCUUGGUUGUUUCUUCUGAUGAAGACGAACCUGUUGUCCCUUUGGAACUGCAAGACUUGGACGUUGAACUUCCACUGCAAGAACAGGCUAUUGAAAACUCUUCGACUUGUCCUGUUCCUACCGUUGACUCUACUUUGCCUUCUCCUCUUCUUGCUGGCCAAGAAGUUCCGCUACUUCCAGUGGGGAAAACUAAUCCUGAGAGGGCAAAGCGAAUUAGGACACCGUCUGCAAAGGCCAUUGAAGCAUCUGUGGAUGCCUCCAAGAGGAAGCCAAAAACUCCCAAAUCGUCUGCUAAGGAACCUGCUAAGAAACAACUGUUUGCUGAUUGACCGUGAUUCGCAUCAUGCGAGUGCUAAUGUAACAUGCUUGUGCAGUGCUGUCCCUCCCUUUCUUUUGUAUAACUUUUAAAGGGAAACACUCUUUAGUGAGUAGUGCACUAUGUACUUUUGCCUUUUGUGUCUACAUUUGCAGCCCUUGCCAAACUUUGUGGUUUUCCAUUACUGGCACCACUUCUACCAAACUGGUCUGCUAUGCCAU